AUGCCAGCUCUCGACGCAGCCUCAGUCAAGCUCUACCUCGUCACCAUCGGCACUCCCCAGAGCGGUGUAGAUUUUGCCAGCCAGACCGGCUUCCCGCCAGACCGGCUGCUUGCAGAUCCGGAGAACGCCUGCUACGAGGUGCUGCAGUUCCGGCGCGGCCUGAGGGCAACCUUUUUUGACCCCGCCACCCCCGCAGCCAUCAAGGCGCGCAUGCGGGACGGCGGCGAUGCCGAUUUGAAGCAAGUGCUGAAGUCCUACAAGCCGCUGAUGCCCCCCCGCACCGAGCAGGCUUUCUUCCAGGGCGGCGUGCUCGUGUUUGAGGGGCCCCGCCUGCUGUGGGCUCACUACGACCCAGCCACCUCGGCCCACGCAGACCUGGGCCAGCUGGUGGCGGCGGCCACGCAAGGGCUCUAG